AACUCUUUAGGUUUAAUUGAGUCCAAUCAGGAUGUCCAGCUCCAGCUGUUAGACCCGCAGCUUGUAGGGCUGUCAGUGAAACUGUCAGCAGAGACCUGAACUCAACCGACCUGAGAGGGAACAAACCCAAGAACCGCUCCCAACCAUGACCUUACAGCUUAAAACCAAAGCUCAACUCUUCGACCUGCACUGCUCUGUGGGCCUGACGGACUGGGACAUGGACAAGGAGCUGAGACUGGCAACAACCACCGACCAGUUUUACCACGACGACAAGCUGAGUGAUCAGUACGUGGUCCAGAGGCCUUCUGCAAGAGCCUCGAGAAGAAAAGAUGAAUUCAUUUGGUACGAUAAGACGUCAGACACCUUUGUGACGCCGAACCUGUGGCUGUUGGUGAAUCCCAGCAUUGCCUGCCCGAUCCAGUACCGAGAAAACACAGCAGGUCUGCAGAGUCUCUGUGAACCGGCUCAGGGAAUCCCAACUCCUCUAAUGAACCCUGCAGAGACCCAACGUCAACUCACCACAGAGCUCCACAUGUUGGACCCCAAUGGUGCUCCCCUCCAGGAGGAGCUGCUGCCCUCCACUGACUACAUGAUCAAGGAUGAAGACGUCUCCUGUCCACCAGCCAAGACCAGACGCAAGGGAAGGAACACCAAGGCCCAGGACAGUAAGAUCCUGAAGCCGGGAUGCUGGCCUCGCCCGCCUGUAAACUACUGCAUCCUCAUCGCCUUGGCCCUCAAGAGCAGCCACACCGGGAGCCUGAAGGUGCAGCAGAUCUACAACUUCACCAGGGAGCACUUCCCCUUCUUUCAGACGGCGCCGGACGGCUGGAAGAACACCAUCCGCCACAACCUGUGCUUCAACAACAGCUUCCGCAAAACCUGCAACCAGGUGUUCAGAGAUGGCAAGAGGAAGUCUUGCUUCUGGCACCUAACCCUGGACGGCCACCGCCGGCUGAAGGACGAGAUCCGCACGCUGACGGGAGAGUCCUUGAAGCAGCUGGAGAGGAGCAUGUCGCGCCCAGAUGUAAUUCACGGUUUGUUUGCACUGUGAGUGACUGCAGGUGUAGAAGGUAUCAAAGAGCUGAAGUCCAUGCAUAAUACAACUUAAUAUGCAGAAUGUUUCUUCUGUUGUGCUGAAUUAUUAAUUCAUGAGUAUAUUUAAUUCUUAUACAUGCCUGAUUUCCAAAAAAGGAGUGGAGUCAG